UCGAUCCCUGAGCGCGCCGCUCAGUCGCAGCUGAGCGAGCGAGCGAGCGGGAGCAAAAUGGGCUUUUCCGCCGGAGCCCGAGCGGCCAUCAUCUUCACCUGCGUGCUCCUUCACGCCAUCCUCGUCACGCCGCAAAGCAAAGAAGAGGUGCUGUUGGACAUGAAGGCCACGGGAGGCGAGCUGGGCUGGUUGACUUGGCCUUUGGAGCAGGGAGACAAGCCCGGGUGGGAGGUGGUCCAACGGACCCUGAACGGCUCUCAGUUUUACACCUACUCUGUUUGCAACGUCGGCGAACGCGAGCAAGACAACUGGCUGCGAACCACCUUCAUCCAGCGGCGGCCGACGGCCUCGCGGGUCUUCGUGGAGCUCCAGUUCGUUGUCCGCGACUGCAACUCCUUCGACGGCGCCUCGAUGACCUGUAAGGAAACCUUCAACCUCUUCACUUCCGAGUCGGACGUCGACGUGGGCACCACCUUCCGCAAGGGCCAGUUCAAGAAAGUGGCCACGAUCGCUCCCGACGAGAUCACCAGCAAGAACGAACUGCGCAUCAACACCGAGACUCGGGUGGUGGAGAACCUCUCUCGGAAAGGCUUCUACUUGGCUUUUCAAGACAUCGGCGCCUGUGUGGCUCUUCUGUCGGUCAGGGUUUACUACAAAACCUGCCCCGCCACAGUCAUGAGCCUGGCAUCCUUCCCGGAAACUGUGGCCGGCGGCGAGAACCAGGCUCUGAGGAAAGUGAACGGGGUAUGCGUGGAUAACGCCGUCAGCGACGAGCCGCCUCGCGUAUACUGCACCGUGGAUGGAGAAUGGGUGUUGCCAGUCAGGCAGUGCCAGUGCAAAGCGGGCUAUGAAAAAGACCAAGACGCGUGCCAAGAAUGUCAGCCCGGCUUCUUCAAAGCGGAAGCUUCCGGUGAGAAGUGUCAACCGUGUCCUGCCAACACCCAGGGGCCGGGCGCCGGGACUUUGUUCUGUUCCUGCGUUGACGGGUCCUAUCGGGCCCCCGGGGACCCGCCCACUGGACCCUGCUCAGGUCUCCCCUCUGCCCCCAAAGACCUCAUGGCGACGACCACGCAACUCUCCGCCGGAAAACUCCUCCUCUCCUGGGGUCCGCCAGAUGACAGCGGAGGCCGGUCGGACCUGACGUACGGCGUGGAAUGCCAGCGCUGCGAGGGCUCCUCCUGCCAGCCCUGCGGGGACCGGAUUCACUACGAUCCGUCCAGCUCCGGCCUGACCGACACCAGGGUCUCGGUGAGCGAGCUGGACGCUCACUUCAACUACACCUUCACCGUGGAGGUUCGUAGCGGCGUGUCCGUGUUCGCCAGUCAGGCCGCGCCGUCCACCAGCGCUUUGACGACAUCUCUGCACUACACGGAUCCCCCAAAGAUCACCUCCAUGCGAAUGGUGGAGAGAACGGCCACCAAGUUGUCCAUCUCCUGGGACGUCUCCUCCCGACCGCGUUUCCAACCUCGGCCGUUCCGCUACGAACUGACCUAUCGCAAGAAGGAUGACAAUCUGGACGUGACCACGUACACGGUGCUGAUCCUGGAGAAGAACUCGGUGCAGAUCAGCGAUCUGGCCCCGGGCACGGCCUACCUGUUCAGGGUGCAGGCCCUCAGCAGUGACGGCAGUCCCGGAGGCUCCAGCGUGGAGGAACAGUUUGAAACCUCGUCGGCGGAACCUCUGACUCAAACCAACCCCACGCUUAUUUUCGGCCUGCCGGUCGCUGGCGCAGCCGUAUUGUUCAUACUGGUCGUGGUCGUCUUCCUCCGCAGACGGAAAAGAAACUCUCACACCAGACAAGGACCGGAAGAUGCCUACUUCUCCAGCUCAGAACAACUGAAGCCCCUGAAGACCUACGUGGACCCGCACACCUACGAGGACCCCAACACGGCUGUCCUGAAGUUUGCCACCGAAAUCCACCCCAGCCACAUCAGCAAACAAAAAGUCAUCGGAGCUGGAGAGUUUGGUGAGGUGUACCGCGGUAUUCUGAAGGUCCCAGGCAGGAAAGAGGUGGCCGUGGCUGUCAAGACGCUGAAGCCGGGCUACUCUGAGAAGCAGAGGCAGGACUUUCUGGGCGAGGCUUCCAUCAUGGGCCAAUUCUCCCACCAGAACAUCAUCCGCCUGGAGGGGGUGGUCACCAAAUUCAAACACGCCAUGAUUGUGACAGAAUACAUGGAGAACGGCGCACUGGAUAGGUACCUCAGGGACCGCGACGGCGAGAUUUCCUCCUUCCAGCUGGUGGGCAUGCUGCGGGGCAUCGCUGCGGGCAUGAAGUACCUCUCUGAUAUGAGCUACGUCCACCGUGACCUGGCCGCUCGCAACAUCCUGAUCAACAACACUCUGGAGUGUAAAGUGUCCGACUUUGGCUUAUCGCGAGUGCUGGAAGACGAUCCUGAGGGGACCUACACCACAAGUGGAGGAAAGAUCCCCAUUCGCUGGACAGCUCCAGAGGCAAUCGCGUACAGGAAGUUCACGUCGGCGAGCGACGUCUGGAGUUUCGGCAUCGUUAUGUGGGAGGUGAUGGCGUUUGGCGAAAGGCCCUACUGGGACAUGAGUAAUCACGAGGUGAUGAAGGCUAUCAAUGAGGCUUUCAGGCUGCCGGCGCCCAUGGACUGUCCCUCGGCUGUUUACCAGCUCAUGCUUCAGUGCUGGCUCCAGGACCGCUCGAAGAGGCCGCGUUUCGGGGACAUUGUCAGCCUGCUGGACAAACUGCUGCGGAGUCCGGACUCCCUCAAGGCCAUUGCAGACUUUGACCCACGAGUUUCCAUCCGCCUGCCCAGCGUCAGCGGCUCGGACGGCUCGCCCUUCCGGUCGGUGCCCGAGUGGCUGGAGUCCAUCAAGAUGAGCCAGUACAGCGACAACUUCAGCUGCGCCGGCAUCGUCGGCAUGGAGCAGGUCCUGCAGAUGAAGAACGAGGACAUCAAGAACAUCGGGGUGAGGCUGCCUGGCCAUUUGAAAAGAAUUGCCUACAGCAUUUUGGGCCUAAAGGACCAGACCAGCACUUUGAGCGUGUUCGCAGUGUGAUCGCCACCACAAAAAAGGGACUUGAAAUCGAGCACUGAAGCGAAAAAGCCCUUUGGACUCCCAGUUGAGCUGGAGCGAUACUGCACGGACAGCACGAGCAAAAAUCCAUUCCCCCCCCCCCCCCAAGAAUAAUCAAUUCCUGUCUGCUCUUUCACGCUUAUAUCAACAAGAGAGCGGAGCGAACAUCGGCAAGCCGCGGCGGACAUACACAAGUCGACUCAAGUACGCAUUCCUCUCGAAACAAAGCAACGCGACUCGUGGGAAUGGCUUCGCGUGUGCGACCAGUGUGGAGCGAAAGGCAGAAGGUGUGGCAGCGAGGGAGCGACGAGUCCAGCUUCCACUUCCCGUUCGACCGGUGAGGACGCUUGACGCGAGCUCGAGCCGGCCCAAACCGAACUAAGCUAUCGUCUUGGGAGCAAAAAAAAAAAAAAAAAGUCAGGCUUCUGCAUGAGG